UGGGCAUGGAACUCUGCACAGUUGGGAUCGGAGGGUGGAUGUCUCGUCUGGGAAGGAGAGCCCGCUGCCAAUUGGCUCCUCCCCCGCGAGUGGGGAUGCCGUGGUGGUGCUACUGCAGUUUCCACUCUGCUCGUGGGCAUGUCGUCGGGGUGCUACAUACUGCAGUUUCCACUCAGGCCUGUCUCUGCUCGUGAGACCACCCCUCCCCUCCCUCUUGCCGUGAUGUCAUGCAGAAAACGUAUCGUACGGCGGGCAGGCAGGCUGCGGAUGUCUUUCGUCGAGGAGUAUAAAUCCUCCCCCCGUCCCAGGUUGUGAUUCUGUCCUGCACCCCCGUUGUCCUCCUCCUCGGACCAGUAACUCGAUAUGUGGAGCUCGCCGGUCAGAAACCUCUUUCUUGCAGCUUCAUUGCUGUCAGCGCACGUCCUCGCCGACCUCACCCUCAAUGUCACCAGCCAGUGCCAGGGCUACACUGCGUCCAACGUCGAAAAACACGACAAUGGAUUGAGUGCUGAUCUGAAGCUGAUCGGAAGCGGUUGUGCCAUCUACGGGCCGGACCUUUCCGUGCUCAAGCUGACGGUCAACUACGAUACGAAGGAACGUCUGCACGUCAAGAUCUUCGACCCGAAGAACGAGCGCUACGAAGUCCCCGAGUUCUCGCUUCCUCGGCCGGCCGCGUCCAGCGUCAAGGCCAAGUCGGCGGACCUGGUCUUCAACUUCAAGGAGAAGCCGUUCUCCUUCACUGUCUCGCGCAAGUCUACGGGCGAGAAGCUCUUCGACACCACCGGAAACCCGCUCGUCUUCGAGCAGCAGUACAUCCACGUUGCGACCAACCUGGGCAACGACCCCAACAUCUAUGGACUCGGCGAGCACACCGAGAGCUUCCGCCUCCCGCACAAUGUCAACCGCACGCUCUGGAGCAGAGACUCGUACGGAGUCCCCGCCGACUCGAACCUGUACGGUGUGCACCCCGUCUACUUUGAGCACCGCGCUGGGGGAACCCACGGUGUGCUCCUGACGAACUCGAACGGCAUGGAUAUCAAGAUGGGACGCGAGAAGGGAACCAUGAAGCUGCAGUACAACAUCAUCGGUGGUAUCAUCGAUUUCUCGUUCAUCUCCGGCCCAUCACCCACCGCCGUGGCUGAGCAGUACGCUGAGAUCGUCGGAUUGCCCGCUAUGGUUGCAUACUGGGGACUGGGAAGCCACCAGUGCCGUUACGGAUACCGUGACUGGAUCGAUGUUGCUGAGGUCAUUGGAAACUACAGCGCCGCUGGAAUUCCUCUGGAGACCAUGUGGACUGAUAUUGACUACAUGUACAACCGCUGGAUCUUCACCCUGGACCCCGAUAGGUUCCCUCUCGACAAGAUGCAGACCAUCGUCCGCGCCCUUCACGCCAACAAGCAGCACUACAUCAUGAUGAUUGACCCCGCCAUUGCCUACCAGCCAUACCCUAGCUUCCAGCGCGCCGUCGAUAUGGGCGUUCUCCUCAAGGAGGCCAACGGAGAUAUCCACAAGGGUGUCGUCUGGCCCGGUGUCACUGCUUUCCCCGACUGGUUCCAUCCUAACACCACCGACUGGUACAACGGCGAGUUCAAGAUCUUCUUUGACCCCGAGACCGGAGUUGAUAUCGAUGGAUCGUGGAUCGACAUGAAUGAGCCCGCCAGUUUCUGCCCGUACCCCUGUGAAGACCCCGAAGGCGAGGCCGUCACCCAAAUGAUGCCUCCUGCUCGUCUGGCCGUCAGACAGCCCACCGGAGCCGUCUGGGGCUUCCCCGAGACCGGCGCCGAGAAGAGAUCGAUCCAGUCCCGUGGAAGCGAGUACCGCUACCACAUGGCUAGAUCGUUGCCCGGAGGCGGCUUGGAUGCGCGAUCGAUGUCCGGAUUCUUGAUGGGUAGAAUGGCCGAAGGCGAGAUGUCCAAGAGGCAGGUGGCCGGUGUCGACCUCAUCGACCCUCCCUACGACAUUCAGAACGACGUCUCGUUCGGGCUUUCGGACCGCACCGUCCACACCGACAUCGUGCAUGCCGAUGGCCACGUCGAGUACGACGUCCACAACCUGUACGGAACCUCGAUGAGCACCGCCACUUACGACGCCAUGCUUGUCCGCCGCCCCACCAAGCGUCCUUUCAUCAUCACUCGUAGCACCUUCGCCGGAGCCGGUCGCAAGGUUGGAAAGUGGCUCGGAGACAACCUGUCGACCUGGCACCACUACCGCAACUCCAUCAGCGGAGUCCUCCAGUUCGCUUCCAUCUACCAGGUUCCCCUCGUCGGUGCCGACGUCUGCGGUUUCGGAGGAAACACCACUUCGACCCUGUGUGCCCGCUGGACCACCCUCGGAGCCUUCGCGCCCUUCUACCGCAACCACAACGGUGACACCUCCAUCAGCCAGGAGCCAUACCGCUGGGAGAUUGUGGCCUCUGCCGCCCGCAAGGCCAUCAACAUCCGCUACUCCCUGCUCGACUACAUCUACACCGCCAUGUGGCGCCAGCACGAGAAGGGAACCCCCUCGGUCUCCCCCCUGUGGUUCGCCUACCCCGAGGACAAGAAGACGUGGCCCAUCGAUCUCCAGUACCUCUACGGCCCGUCCCUCAUGGUCGCCCCCGUGACGGAGGAGAACAAGACGUCGGUCGCGAUCUACCUCCCCAACGACAUCUGGUACGACUACGACACGCUCAAGCUCGUCAAGCCGGGCAACACCACGUUCACGGACAUCGACUUCGACGAGAUCCCGCUGUUCCUCAAGGGCGGUAGCAUCAUCCCGCAGCGCAAGUCUGCGGGCGCCAUGACCACCGCCGAGGUCCGCACCAAGGACUUUGAGCUCCUCGUCGUCCCCGGAAAGAACGGAAAGGCCGCUGGAGAACUCUACCUCGACGACGGAGACUCGCUCGUCCAGAAGGGAACUACCCACAUCGAGUUCACCUAUGCAAACGGAAAGCUGAAGGCGAAGGGUCACUUCGGUUUCCACACGUCCGUCAAGAUCGUCGAGAUCAAGGUCCUCACUAAGAAUGGGCCCAAGACUACGAAGGUCAAUGUUGGCCUCAUGGGUGACUUUUCGAUUGGGUGUUAGGUUUUUUUGGAGUGCCUGUCUAUGUAGAUACUUCUUAUAUAUCCAUUGUGUUUUUUGGUUUAUGCUAUGGAUGGACGGCGGAUGGAUGGGUGGAUGCAACGGAUAACCUCGAUGUAAAGUAAAGUCUAAUCCAUACAUAUUUCGCACCUUCAACAGGUGAAAGAGAGAGAGAG